AUGAUGCCGGAACUGAAGUCAGGAGAGACUGAAUUUUCCUCGUCGCCUCUUUGUGAAGCUGCUGAAUUGGUUGAUAGCCCCCGGGGGAAUGUUUAUAGGCCUAGGAGCUCCAGCCCUGCAGCAGCCCAAUCUCACUUUUGUCAGGCCUCGAAUGUACAGCCUAAGCUGAAUGAAGAAAUGCCGCAGUUCAGCCCUUCUGACUCACCCGUAAGUUUUUUAAGUUUUUUGGAACGUUUUGUUUCCAGUGCAGAAGCGGUGCAUGUAGGCCUGGGUAGAUUCUUCACGCUUUCACUGCAGCCGCACUCCCGCACCGUGCACGGAGCUCCAGCAUGCUCCGAUUUGUGGCCAUGUCCCUUACCAACCUGGGAGUGGACGGGCUCAACACGACUGUCGCCCCGAAGGCGCAAGCUUAGGAAACGUUUGAAGCUUCGUCACUCAUUGCUCCAGCUGGUUGUUGCCACCCUCAACUGGGAGACCCUUGGGCACCCCAUUAGUCCCCCACCGCAGGCAUGCACUGGGUUUGUCUUAACUGAAGAGCAGUGGGCGAUGAUUAAUAGGCUCGAACGGCUUGUUGACCACUUUGUACAGGCGGGUCCGAUCUCGUCACAAAGCUUGGGACGCAGUUGUGAAAAAUUCAGCAACUUGCCACGUACUUGUCAGGAACUGCCUGGUAACCAGGAACACUAUGGACCAUGCGUCCUUGCGUUGAGCGCCCUGGCAAUGGGCGACAGCUGGGCAGUUGAGAUAGCGCAACAAGCGCACUGCAACGUGCUGAGAUUCUUAGCCGGCAGCAUGCUGGACAGCGAGCGGGUGUGUUACCGCCACCCUUUUCCCUGCAGAUCUGAUUUCAUGGAAUGGCUUUCAAUUGACGAUCAUAUUGGCAUUCAGGUCGUAACCGAGAAUCAAUUUCGUAACCGGGUCCCCCUGCGUGAUACUGCUGUAUUUCUAGGAGCUGAAAGGGCUUACCAAACUGUUAAGCUUGUGCAACACCCCAAAAAGAAGCAGCGGGAAGUAUCUCAGGGUGUUUUUCUCGGGGCUGAAGUUGAUGGGAAAAUAGGGUUUGUUUCGGCACCACGCCACCGUAUUUCAGUUUUGAUGAUGUGCGCAGUCCUUGUCGCCAGACGAGGAACAGCCAGCCGCCGGCUUCUUGCGAGUUUGCUCGGCUGCUGGAUUCAUGUGCUGAUGUUUCGUAGAGCUGUUUUGGCGGUGGUCUCUCACGCCUUCACCGACGGCAUUGAGCGGCCUGACGGAGCAGGCAUAUGCCAGUCACCCGAAAGUGAGUCAGUAGUUCAAGAGUUGUGGCGUCACAGUGAACAGCGGGGUUACUAUACCCAGUUGCUUACUCCAGCUGCCAGUGUGUUAUCAUCCUUAGGUGAAUCGUUUGAGGAACCCAUCCCUUCCAUUCAGCCUUCCGACCGGGAUGUUGUCCUUAAGAUACCUUGUUCACUUUCGGAAGGCAUCCUGUUCGACUGCAUUGAGUUGUUCCGAAGCGAGGGCAACUGGUCAUUGGCUCACGAAGCCGCUGGUUUUCGCGUUCACGAUGGCUUUGAUGUGGAUGGUCGCAGUUUGCACACCCUGCUGGCCCUCAGGACCGCCUUCCUGAUGAACCUAGUGAUGCUGGCUGGUGGUUUCUUCAGCGUAGAACAGCCUGGCUCGUCUGGCACUUUCACUCAUGCUUCAGUUGCUGAUUUUGCGGCGCGAUGCGGCCCCUCUCCGGAUGAGGUUUACGGCCGCUGGCCAAAAGUUGGCGAACAUGUUUCUGCAUUCUCAGCCUCGUACCCGAAGCUGCUGUGCGCUCGAAUUGCAUCGGGAGCUAUUGCUGCUCGUCAUGAUUCCUCUCCGAUUUUGUCCUUUCGCAGAAUUGGCAUUCGUCCCGAUCUGCCUAGAAACCUUUCCAACCUUCCGGCAGCAGAUCCCAGACCUUUUCAUGAGGAUCCUGAAUGGAUCGAAGAACUUGCGGAUUCCUUGCCGUUUAAAGAGUUGCUGAGGUCCAGUAGCCGGGCUAUCUGCAGAGUUUUGCAAGGUUCCUUAGGUUAUGUUUUGGGCGGGUGCCUUUGCCCUGGGGGAUUUCACAUUGCAUCCGGUAAGAACAGAAGCGACGCACCGUCGCGUAACGCACCGUCGCGUAACCGUCCUGUGCCUGCACCAACCAAGAAAAUUCCAACCUGGCUUUCUGACCUCCGCUCCGGCGGUUUUGAUCGAUUUGACAGAAUCCUGGAGUCUGCAAAGUGCACGAAGCUGGCAGCCAGAUGGUUGCGUUUCCUUUUGCUUUUGGCUGGGGAUAUUGAGCGCAAUCCCGGACCUGGUUUUCAACCAAAGCCUCGGACCCCUCGAGGCCAGCUGUCCAUGGAUGUGGGUUUUGCUACGGCGACGUCCAAGCGCAUGCAGCUAUGCUUGGAUGAGUUUGCCAACUGGUUGUUUGCCGAAUUUGCACUGACCUUGCAAAGCAUUGGAUGGGAUUACACAGCUGGUCCGCUCGCCUUGCGAGCUUAUGGAUUGCACCUUUUUGCUGGAGGUUUUCCUCGGUUGACAGAAAGUGGCAGCAGUACGAACCGGGCCAUUGCAGGUGACACUUUGAAUGAGACCGCUGCAUUCUAUGUGCAUAUCAGGUGUUUGGCGCUCUUGCUCCUAAUGCAUCCUUAUUUGCUGGUGGCACGUCGGCUUCUCGACGGCGUUGGGAUCACGUCCUCGGCAGACUUGGAAUUUCAGUUUCUAUGCCUUCUCGCGGGGCCACCCCUGCCGUGUUGCGCGGAAGUGGUGCAACAGCGUUGUACCUUGAAAGUGAGGACCUUAGCUUGA